AUGGUCUUCUAUCCCAUGAAAUGGAUCCCUCCUCUCCCCGAAAUCCCCGACACGGUGCCCAUAUGCGAUUUCAUGCUGGACGAGAAGCACGGCCGGAGCCCGUACUCCAAGUCCAAGGACGCCUACACCUGCGGCCUGACGGGCAAGAGCGUCUCGGCGCGACAACAGAAGGACGAUGUGGACAGCCUGUCACGUGCGCUGGCCAAAGAGUUUGGCUGGGGGGUCAAUGAGGGCACCGAAUAUGACAAGGUCGUGGGCAUCUUUGCGCUGAACACGAUAGACAUCAUGACGCUGAACUGGGCUAUCCACAGAAUCAACGGCGUGUCCGCCCCCGCCAACGCCGCCUUCAACGCCGACGAGCUGAGCUAUCAACUCACGAACUCCGGAUCCAAGGUGCUGUUCACCGUGAUGCCGCUGCUGCAAACCGCCCUGGAAGCCGCGGCCAAGUCGAACAUCCCGCGGAAGAACGUCUAUAUCUGUGAAAUGCCAAACGACCCUCCCAUCCCCAGCGAAUUCAAGACUCUGUCCCAAUUGACCAAGGAGGGCCGCUCGCUGCCAGCGCUAGAGCCUAUCAAGUGGGAGAAGGGCCAGGGUGCACGGCAGACCGCAUUCCUGUGCUACUCCAGUGGCACCUCGGGACUGCCGAAAGGAGUCAUGAUUUCCCACCGGAACGUCAUCGCCAACACCGUCCAGAUCUCUGUCUAUGACCAGCCCAGCCGCGACGCAAUUGCCCCGGGCUAUCGUGAUGUGGCUCUCGGCCUGCUCCCUCAGUCGCACAUCUACGGGUUGAUCGUCAUCUGCCACUCUUCGACGUACCGCGGCGAUCAAGUCAUUAUCCUCCCAAAGUUCGACCUGAACAACUAUCUCAAUGGCAUCCAGAAUUUCAAAAUCAACACCCUCUACAUCGUGCCGCCCAUCAUCAUCGCCAUGGUCAAGAAUCGGGAUCUGACCAGCAAAUAUGACCUGUCGAGCGUGACCUCCAUCUUUACGGGGGCUGCGCCGCUGGGCAAAGAGACCGCCGAGGAAUUGGCGUCGCAGUUCCCCGCCUGGAAGGUCCGACAAGGCUACGGCCUCACCGAGACGUGUACGGUCGUAUGCUCGACGUCUCCAAGCGACAUCUGGUUUGGUUCUUCGGGAUGUCUGAUCCCCGGGUACGAGGCCAAAGUCAUGAGCAUUGAGGGGCACGAGAUCACCGGGUACAAUCAACCGGGUGAACUCCUCGUCAAGUCUCCCAGCGUCGUGCUCGGAUACUUGAAGAAUGAGAAGGCCACAAUGGAGACGUUUGUGGACAUGCCCGAAGGCAGAUUCAUGCGGACCGGAGACGAGGUCGAGUUCAGAGUGUCGCCCAACGGCAACGAACACAUCUGGGUCGUGGAUCGCAUCAAGGAGCUGAUCAAAGUCAAGGGCCACCAAGUCGCCCCUGCAGAGCUCGAGGCGUGCCUGCUCAACCAUCGCGCGGUGGCCGACUGCGCCGUUAUUCCCAUCCCAGACGACCGGGCGGGCGAAGUACCCAAGGCGUUUGUCGUGAAGGCCAAGUCGAUAGGCAUGGAGGAAAGCGAGGCCCUCCUCAAGCGCGACAUCAUCAAGCACGUCGAGAAGGAGAAGGCUCGGCACAAGUGGCUCGCCGGCGGAGUGGAAUUCAUCGACGUCAUCCCCAAGAGCGCCAGCGGCAAGAUUCUCAGGAGGCUGCUGAGGGAUCGAGAAAAGGAGGCGAGAAGGAAGGCUGGCGCCAGGUUGUGA